GUGAGUCCUGAAUCCUUGGCUUCUCUAAUUGCACUUGAUUUCAUGGCAAAUACUGUUGAGAUGAAGUUUUACCUCCUAUUUGUCACCCUCGCUAUCUGCAUUCAGCAGAAGCAUGUCUUCACUUUUGAAAGUGAUCAAGUUUUGUGGGCCCUCCCACGAUCAGACAGACAAGUUGAAUUCCUUCAGAAUUUAACCACCAACUUUGAGGUUGUUCUUUGGAAACCUGAUUCAGCUGAAAAUAUUAUGAAGAACAAGGAAGUCCAUUUCUAUGUCAAUGUAUCCGAUAUAGAUGAUGUGAAAGCUGAGCUAAACCGAUCUACCAUCCGAUACAAAGUUUUAAUGGACAAUGUUCAAGGGCUCAUCGAACAACAAACUGUCAAUGACACAGUCAGCCCCCGCAGUUCUGCAUCCUACUAUCAACAAUAUCACUCUCUGAAUGAAAUAUAUGCUUGGAUGGAAGCUAUAACUGAGAUGAAUGCUGAUAUGCUCCAGAAAAUAUAUAUUGGAUCCUCAUUUGAGAAACGCCCACUUUAUAUAUUGAAGCUUUCUAAGAGAGACGGAAUACCAAAAGGUGCCAUAUGGAUUGACUGUGGAAUCCAUGCAAGGGAAUGGAUUGCUCCUGCUUUCUGCCUUUGGUUCGUAGGACAUGCAACCCAGUUCCAUGUGAAAGAUCCAAUUAUGGCAAGACUUCUGCGGCAUCUUGAUUUCUACGUCAUGCCUGUGAUGAAUGUAGAUGGCUAUGAAUACACGUGGACCACUAAUCGGAUGUGGAGGAAGAGCCGCUCACGGCAUGGAAACAACAGGUGCAUUGGUACUGACAUGAACAGGAAUUUUGAUGCAGGCUGGUGUGGUAAAGGUGCCUCUCAUGAUGAUUGUCGUGAGAUAUACUGUGGGCCCUACCCUGAGUCUGAACCAGAAGUAAAAGCUGUGGCUAAUUUUCUCCAAAAGAAUAAAAAUCACAUUAAGGCAUAUAUAACUAUGCACUCUUACUCACAGAUGGUUCUGUUUCCAUAUUCCUAUACUGAGAAUAAAAGUAAAGACCAUGAUGAGCUGUUAUCUGUGGCAAACAGAGUGGCUGAUGUUAUCAGAACAACAACUCACAAAAUUUAUGAAUCUGGCCCUGGCGCACAAACUAUCUAUUUAGCUCCUGGAGGUUCAGAUGACUGGGCUUAUGACCUUGGCAUUAAGUAUUCGUUUACCUUUGAACUUCGGGACAAAGGAACACAUGGAUUUUUGCUCCCUACAAAUCUAAUUAAACCCACUUGUAUUGAAGCACUUAGUGGUAUCAAAAUAAUAGCUUUACACGUUCUCAACAAUAUUUAAUGUACAAUAUUUUAAAUAUGGCAUAUCACAGCUUUAGCUGGUAAUUUACAUGUUCUUGACUGGCAGUGGUAUUCACUGAAGUGUGCAUCUUUUUAGUUUGCAAAAAUAAAAGGAAUGAAUUACUGCUUUA